AUGUCUGAUAAAGAUGGCAGUCCUGAGCGAGCAACAACAAGGAGUUUGGCAGGAGCAAUUCCAACAGGGCCAUCGGCCAGAGCUGCACAUGAGAGACGGGUGCGUAGAGCGGAAGGGACAGAUCAAGACUCAACAGCCAGAGGCCCAAGGGUUUCGCCUGUCCGAGCUCCACAACCGACCCUGACGCCAACAGCACUCCCUAGACGAUCAAGAGAUCAUACAUCUAAAGCGCCACAGAAAGGAAACGCUUCAUUGGUAGGAGCCUCGAAGUCGCUUGCUCAAUCUCCAGCCCAACAAGUAACGCCAUCGUUGAUACCAGCUCUGGCAUCCGGACCGCAACCUGAUCUGGAUCUUCCCUUAGCUGUGAGAAGAUCUCGAAGACAUUCGAGUGGUGGAUCAGGAUCGUCUGAGAAGGAACGGGCUGCUUCAAUACAACCCAACCAAACGAGCAGAUCCAAAAUUGGCACAAACGUUCAUCUUCAGCUCAGCGGGGCAAGUGCUUCACAACCCAAAUCUACUGGGGCUGCCGCAGCUGCGGAGCAUGAUGGUAGACCUGCCAACCCUUUUGUGGGACUGUAUCAGGACUGGGCUGGUGCUGCUGAUCAAGGAUCACCUACUUCCCAGAACAAUGUGAACAGACUUAUCGCAGCUGCAGGAAGUCAUGAUAGUUGUGAUGAUUGCUUGUGGAGGAUGUUCGAGGAGUGGGAUAGCGCGGACGAAGAAGUGGUCCAUGCAGUUGCUGGUGCUGGUCUCGCAGCUUCGGCGCCUGCGAUGGUCGGGAGUGUUGUGGAGACCGGUGCUGCCCCGAGUAAUUCUGACCAGGAGCAGCAAAGAGGGCUACGAUCGAAGAAGAAACGGACGGCUCUACAGGCAAUACCUCAGACGGAAUUAUCUGACGAUGAGAUUGCUACUAUCAUACAGUAUCGUGACGAAAGGAUGACUUGGCGAGAGAUUUCUAAAAAAACAAGCCUUUCGAUUGACACUCUCCGCAAACAUAGAAUUGUCGGACACUUCGGGCAUAGUGUUAACAGAUCAGUGCGAAGGUUUGUCCCAACGGAGAAACAGAUCUCUGACGUCAAAAAAUACCGUGCUGAAGGUAAGAGCUGGUGCGAGAUCUCAGCAGUAAUAGGCAUAAACGAAAAAAGUCUUCGGACAGCCAAGGAUAAAGGUUUUUUUGGUAGUGAAGAUUCAGUUCAAAGAUCAUUACGGCGCAAAGAUCUGACUGAAGACCAGGUCAGGGAGGUGAAAAGACUUCGGAGCGUGAAUUACAAUUGGAAGGAAAUCGUAAAGAAAACCGGCAUCACCCAACAAGUCCUUGAUCUCCGGAGAAAUGAAGGUCUUUUUGGACCUGAACAUCGACUCCGAUCCUACCAGACUCCCCUCAGCGAAGAGCAGAUCUCGGCGGCGAGAGCGGGCCUCGCUGACGGCAAGGCGUCCAAAGCAGUUGCAAGAUCAAUCAACGUGGGAAGAGACGCUUUUCUGCAAUACAGAUGGGAAGGUGUGUUUGGGGAUGAAUACGCAGACGCGGAAAGAGCGCGAAGGCGCCGUAUGAAGAAAAGCUGA